AUGGCUGCUGACAAUAAGCUCCUCGGUCAGUUCGAUUUGGUACCUCAAAUCGAAGUUACUUUCGAUAUUGAUGCUAAUGGUAUCGUCAACGUUUCUGCUAUGGACAAGUCCACCGGCAAGAAACAGAACAUCACUAUUCAGUCCUCGGGUGGUCUCUCUGAUGCUGAUAUCAAUAAGAUGGUGAAUGAGGCUGAGAGCAUGAAGGAGCAAGAUGAGAAGCGCAAGCAGGCCGUUGGUGCUAAAAAUGAUGCCGAGACUCUCGUCUACUCUGUGGAGAGGCAACUCAGUGAGCUCAAGGACAAGAUGAGCGAUGCUGAUGCCGAGGAUUUGAAGCAAAAGAUUGCCGCUGUGAGGUCCACUUUGACCACGGAUGAUGUUGAUGAGAUCAAGAACAAGACCAAGGAGUUGCAAGAUGCUUCUUGGAAGGUUUCUUCACAAGCGUAUCAGCAGGGCUCAAACGACCAACAGCAAGAGGAACAGAAGACUGAAAAUACCGAGGAUGAAAAGAAGAAUUAA